AACCGCUUUCAGCUUUCAGUUGAGCUGCAACGUUACAACCAAACGGUCGCUUCGGUUUUAAGACACGGCGCUUACUCAACUACGAACAUCAUAAAGUUUGUGUGCGUGUGCGUGCGUGCGUGCGUGUAUUUCUGCUGGACGCAGGCGACAAAGUGAUAAUAAAACAUACAACAACAACAACUCUGUGUAUUUAGUAUUUCAUGCUCCAACGAAAGAAAGAAAGCUCAACGAAAAGAGAAAUGCAAUAAAUUUAAAUAUUUAAAUAAAUUAAAAUUCUGAUUGAAUCUUGAGCUGUGUGACAGUGAAUUUCAAUAACAAAAUCAAUUUGACGUGAAAGUGUUGCGGCACGCAUAUGUGUUAGUGUGUGUGUGUGUUUGUUGAGAGCAACUGCGCGAAUUGUUGGAAAAGUGAAAUCAUAACUUCGCGAAAUAUAAGUGAAAAUUGUACGAGCAGCAUUAACAACGCUUAAAUUGUCUAUUAAAUUAACAGCUGCGCUUAAAUCAGUCAACAGCAGGCAUUCGUUUGACAUUCUGUGGAGCUUCUUCAAUAGACUUUUCGUGCAGAUUGGUGUUAGCUGGCAUCAAACAAUAUGAUUCUGCGGACCGCGUAUAUUUGCAUAUUCCUCCUUUACUCCUAUCAUUGCCUAGCACAAUCCACAAAUGAGCUUGAUGCAGCACUGCCCGAACCACGUGCUUACAUACCCGAUUCCCAGUAUUUGGACUUUGUCUACCAUGAUCAUGAUGAGUUGACAAGAUUUCUGAGAGCGACAAGCGCCCGCUAUCCCAACCUAACAGCACUUUACUCUAUUGGCAAAUCGAUACAGGGGCGAGAUCUCUGGGUUAUGGUGGUAUCUUCCUCACCCUACGAACAUAUGAUCGGUAAACCGGAUGUGAAAUAUGUGGGCAAUAUCCAUGGCAAUGAGCCGGUGGGUCGUGAGUUGCUGCUGCAUCUCAUACAGUAUUUUGUGACGAGCUAUAAUACCGAUCAGUAUGUGAAAUGGCUGCUGGACAAUACACGCAUACACAUCAUGCCGUCAAUGAAUCCGGAUGGAUUUGCGGUUUCUAAGGAGGGCGCCUGUGAUGGCGGCCAGGGCAGGUAUAACGCCCGAGGUUUCGAUUUGAAUCGCAACUUCCCUGACUACUUUAAGCAAAAUAAUAAACGUGGACAGCCCGAAACUGAUGCAGUAAAGGAUUGGAUAUCGAAAAUACAAUUUGUCUUGAGUGGCAGUUUGCAUGGCGGCGCUUUAGUGGCGAGCUACCCCUAUGACAACACGCCAAACUCUAGGCUGCUCAAAGGAAUUUGUCGAUCGUCGGCUUUGUGCGCGAUGUUCCAAACGUACUCGGCAGCCCCGUCACUCACACCGGACGAUGACAUCUUCAAGCAUUUAUCACUCGUCUAUGCGAAGAAUCACGCGAAAAUGUCACGUGGUGUGGCUUGUAAAUCGGCUACACCCGCCUUUGAGAAUGGCAUUACGAAUGGCGCUGCCUGGUAUCCACUCACCGGUGGCAUGCAGGAUUACAACUACGUUUGGUACGGUUGCAUGGAGGUAACGCUGGAAAUCUCAUGCUGUAAAUAUCCACCUGCGUAUGAAUUGAAAAAAUACUGGGAGGAUAAUCAAUUGUCCAUGAUCAAAUUUUUGGCUGAGGCUCAUCGUGGUGUGCAAGGAUUCGUGUUGGAUCCCACAGGUACGCCUAUUGAACGUGCCUCGCUGAAGAUUAAGGGACGUGAUGUUGGUUUCCAGACGACAAAGCAUGGCGAGUUCUGGAGAAUAUUGCUGCCCGGUUACUAUAAAUUAGAGGUCUUUGCCGAGGGCUACGCACCACGUGAGGUGGAAUUCAUUGUUGUCGAACAACAUCCAACCCUGCUAAAUGUCUCAUUGACCCCCUCAAAGCGCAACGAAGGCACAACGGUACCCUUCUAUCGCCCCUUACCGAUACCACAACAGCAUUAUCGUCCCUCUGGUCCGACCUACAGCGAUAGCGGCAUUUUCUCCACCAUCAGUAGUGGCCUUAACAGUUUGUACUCGAAUAUUUUCGGCUGAUCUUUGCUCUCUUGACUCGCCCUCUUCGUCGAUAUGAAACUAGCCUUUCUGCUGUUGACCUUCCUCAUCGUAAUCACCGUUAUUCACAUCGCCAGCCGUGCGGAUUUCGAUUCACCACAGUGAGGUUGGUAGACGCCAACGCAGCAGGGCGUGUGGGAAGAACAGUGGCGAGAGCAAUGCACGACUCUUAGGGGUAGUAACGUACAAAAUAAGCAAAUAAGUUGUAUGAAUUUUAAUCAAAUGAAAAGAAAAUACAUUAAAUGUGAAGAGGAGAGUGAACAGUGAAAAUACACUGCCUGCAUAGCGUAAUGGUACAUUCGAUAUACCUGCAUUGUUCUAUUAAAUCUCUAAAUUAAAAAAAAAAUUAUUGAAUUGUAUGCGAGUUGAAAAUUCUGAAAUAUUUUUGUAAAUGCAUAUUUAUCUGUAUAAGCGACAAUAAUGACGUUCAAAAAGCAGCAGAACAAAAAUAUAAAAAUAUUUACAUCAACAUAUUUAUUACAACCAGUACUUAGCUUUUAAAAUGUUUAAUAUUAGUUUAGUAUUUUAAGUCUCUUUUGUCCAUUGCAACAUUUAUUGCAAGCUCAAAUCUAUUUCCGUUUCAUAACUGUUAUUGUAUGUAGUUUUUUAAAACUAUUCACAGUUAUACCGUUUACUAAUAAAGAAAUACAUUUUUUAUUUAUUGAAAA